AUGGCGGCGUCUCCUUUACAGGCGUCUCAUCCGAUGAGCGCCAAAGAGAUCUCGCUCAAGGCUGCCGACUUCCAAUUCAACCCCUUCAUUGCCUUGAGAUAUUGGCUGCGAACGGCCGACACGCUGCUCCGCGAGGCCCAUAUCUACGAACGAGAACACAAUGACCCCCAAGCAUAUCUGCUGCUGAUGCGCUAUGCGAACCUCGUCGCGGAGAAGUUCCCAGAGCACCCCGCCGCUCGUCUGCCGGAAAACCGCCAGGCGAUGAAAGCAGCUCAGAGGACCCUGCUAGAGGUUCUAGACCGACUAGAAGUGCUGAAGCCUCGCAUCGAUAUGCGCUAUCGUUCGUGGCAGAAGACGCUGGAAAGGAGGAAAGAGGCUGCUGCUGCGUUGGAAGGUGAACGGCCGCCGUCUCGGUCUCGAUUGGAGUACGCUGCGUCGGACCCUGCAGUCGCUGGCAACAGCAUGACUCUGGCUGCAGCAGAGAAUAGCGAGCUGGCAGUGAAGAUGGCACAUAUGGAAAUUAGAAGGCGCGAUGCUGCACGUCGAGCUUCGCGACACACGGGCGUUUCUGAGGAGGACGAGCAGGAGAGGCGAACGGCCGGUUUAUGGGAUGACUGGGAAGCGGCACUAUCCCAAGAUGGCCAGCGCUCUUUGCGCCGUGAUGAUCAGAUGCAAUUGAAUAUGGAAGCGUCUCGGAGGAGGCUCGAUGGCUCUCAUGACAUUCUACCUGAGGGACUCAACACACGACCAUCCAAAGCGCCCCCUCGCACUGCCAGGCCAGAUCAGAGAUCCGUUGAUAGGAAUGAUCGGCAAAGAAAUGGUCAUAGCGAGUAUCGUUAUCCCUCUAUUGCAAAGUCGCAACCAUUUACAUAUGAUGAGGAUUCUUACAACACCAGAGCUCGUUCCAAUUCUCCAAGACGGGUCCUUUUACCCCCUAAGCCACCAAAAGAAAAGCUGGAAAGUUCAGGUUCCUCAAUUCAACCACCUCGAAAACCAAACAAAUCGCUAGCUGAAUCUGUGGAUUCGCCAGGGGUAUCAGCCUCUACCGAUCCUUCCUCGUUCACAUUUAGACCAUCCGCGUACCUGGAGAACGGCAAUCCCCUUCGAACGGUUUUUCUACCGCCAACUCUUCGUAGUGAGUUCCUUGCUCAUGCCGCGCCAAACACACGAAGAAACUUGGAGACCUGUGGUAUGUUGUGCGGGACUUUGAUCUCUAAUGCACUUUUCAUAUCAAAGGUUGUGAUUCCAGAGCAAGAAAGUACCAGUGACACCUGCGACACCAUCAACGAGAGUGCCUUUUUUGAUUACUGUGCCGCUGAAGAUCUCAUGGUGUUGGGCUGGAUUCAUACUCAUCCUACGCAGACCUGCUUCUUGAGUAGUCGAGAUCUGCAUACGCAUAGUGGAUAUCAGAUUAUGAUGCCAGAAAGUAUUGCGAUCGUGUGCGCUCCAAGUAAAAAUCCAUCAUGGGGUGUUUUCCGUCUGACUGACCCACCUGGCAUGCAAUCCGUUUUAAACUGUCGUAAAACAGGCCUCUUUCAUCCUCACGAUGAAGCCAAUGUUUACACGGAUGCUCUCCGACCUGGACACGUCUGUGAAGCCGAGGGCAUGGAGUUUAGUGUAGUUGACUUGAGACCUUGA